UCUGUUGUCUCUGUUCACUGGAAUGUUUCCCCUGACCUGCUCACUUGAUCGUUAAGUUCAGAGAUAAUUUUCAAUAAACUGUUGUCACUUGAAAAUAAACAGUCUGGACAAUGUAUGGUCUGCUUGGAAUACUGGGAAGAUAAACAAGCUGGGAUGCAUCUUCUGGUCUUUGUAGGUCUUUUCGGAAUGCGUGCUCCAGAGACUUGACUUUCUUCCCCAGAGCAGAAAGUUUGAUUUCAAGGACAGCUGUUUGUCCGGCACUCCUGGGCGACCCUUUUCCUGAAGGACCACAGCGAUGGGUGGCUUCGGAGUCUCGCUUCAAAGACACGAGCUCGUCCUCCUGGUGCUCUUCCUUCUGCAGAUUCAGAGUCUGGGUCUGGACACAGAGAGUCACGCUCCCUCUGAAGUCUGUGCCACACACACAAUUUCUCCAGGACCCAAAGGAGAUGACGGCGAAAAAGGAGAUCCGGGAGAGGAGGGAAAGCUUGGAAAAGUGGGACGCAUGGGGCCAAAAGGGACGAAGGGAGACCUGGGGGAUGUGGGAGACCAGGGCAACAUUGGCAAGACCGGGCCCAUCGGCAAGAAGGGUGACAAAGGGGAGAAGGGUUUGCCCGGGAUUCCUGGCGGAAAAGGCAAAGCAGGUACCGUCUGUGACUGUGGGAGAUACCGGAAAGUUGUCGGACAACUGGACAUUAGUGUUGCUCGCCUCAAGACGUCUAUGAAGUUCGUCAAAAAUGUCAUAGCAGGGAUCAGGGAAACGGAUGAGAAAUUCUACUACAUCGUGCAAGAGGAGAAGAGCUACAGGGAAUCCCUGACCCACUGCAGGAUCCGGGGCGGCAUGCUAGCCAUGCCCAAGGACGAAGCCGCCAACUCCCUCAUCGCCGACUAUGUCGCCCAGAGUGGCUUCUUCCGGGUCUUCAUUGGUGUGAAUGACCUUGAGAGGGAAGGGCAGUAUGUGUUCACGGACAACACUCCGCUGCAGAACUACAGCAACUGGAAGGAGGGGGAGCCCAGCGACCCCUACGGCCAAGAGGACUGUGUGGAAAUGCUGAGCUCAGGCAGAUGGAACGACACGGAGUGCCACCUUACCAUGUACUUUGUCUGUGAGUUUGUCAAGAAGAAAAAGUGACCUCCCUUGUGCUACACAUUGGUUAUUCCCUGUGACUACUGUUGCUGUUCUUUUUACCCAUCCUUUUCUUCCUAGUUACACUAGAUUUGCUCUGACUCAGGACAAGUGGGAAAUGCUGAACUGAGGUUUUGGAAUCUCCAUUGUUGUGCUCUUCAGUGACAGUUUUAAGCAUUGUCAUACAUGGUUUGUUACUGAGCGAACAGUUUGCCAACUUACGUGGGUCUCAAGAGAGAGUUUGAUUUAUUGGCUAGGCUAGACAAUAGGUAGUUGCUUACACCUCAAAUAAAAUGUUCUUCUGGCAUUUGCUCUGCCCCUUCUCCCUAGAGCCUAAACCACUCUCUACCUCGCCCAGUGAGUGAUUGGACAGUUGGUUGGUGAAGACUAGGACCAUCUGCCCUUGCCCAAAGUCAGACAAAAGGGUCUUCUGUUUUCUAGAAAUCCCAAGAUAUUAUCUGUCUUUGAGUCUGAGAUCUCCAGUUCUUUGGUCAUGCAUCAUAGCUGUACACACACUUGCAAGGUCCUCUCGUUCACACAAACAUAGAAACAAUUCAACCCCAAUGUCUAUACCAUGAAUGUCUAGCCCAGUGACCUGUUCCAGACCACAUGGAAUCACGUAGACCCCAUUUGUGCUUCUGGUCUAUAAUCUUCCCUGGAAAAUACCCGGCAGGUGUCUCAGCUGCCUUUCUGUGGGCCCACAACUUAAUCCCAGACCCUCAGAUAAUUACCUCUCUCAUGUGAGAAAAAGGGAACUUUCCCCAAACAAUAAUAUUUAUAAUCCUCCUGCUAAACAGCUCCCUCCUAUUAGUAUGGCUCCAUUUUUCCUUGUCUCAGGUUUACUGAUAUCAACUUUCCUCCCUUAAGCAUGGGAAAUGAUGAAUGGGGUUUGUGAAGCCUUCAGAAAACUCUAGAAGCUUCCAAGCACUACCACGUCCAAGUCUUUAAGUCCCCUUCUCUCUACCUCUCAUAUGUGGUGACAUGUCGCGGGGGGGGGGGGCUUUACAGUUCAAAACUGUAUGUGGUAAAAACCCCACAGCAAAGGUUCCCUUUCUAGUACUCUGACAUCACAGGGAUGUGCCAAGUGUGGGGUUUGGAACAUGCCUGGGACGCCCAUUUACUGAGCUGGUGUCAUUCGACUUUGAACUACAGAUCAAACCUCUAAGGAGCUUUCCUUUGGAAUCUAAAAAUAAACAGUUCAACAAAAACUCUAGAUUAUUCCCUUGUAAACUGCAGCUCCAGUUAUAGUCUGAGGCAUAUGAUUAGACUGUUUAAAAUGCUGGCAAAGCGGUUAAUGAACUUAGAGAAACAGAUCAACAACAUAUGUUCACCUUAAACCAUCUGUUCAUGAUUUCACCCAUGACUAACCGGUUAUGAGACAGGACUUAAUUAGGUUAUUUCUGUGAGUUUAACGAGGGUCACACACUCCAGGACUACAGGGGCCGUACAGAUGCCAUAAAUGAGUGAGGUGGGACAAGGGGGGAUCCCAGGGCACUGAGAACAGCUUACCCAUCUAAAGGAACCAGCUGAUCCUCAGUGGCUGCUGUUGUUGCCAUGAAGGACCAAUGUCACUCUAUGCUCUGAUACCUCAAGAAAUAUCAGAGAGCUGGAACCUCAGAAGAUGUCUUUAUAUUUUUAAAAGCUGGCAUCACAUCCAUAUUUCACCCAAAUUGAAAUCAUGACCUUUCUAUUUCUCACUUCCUGGGGAAAGUGCUAAAGGCUCUAACCAUAUUGAAUGUCACCAGGACAUGGUGACAUCAAAGUCAAGAUUCCCCAUUAAUAACCCCAUUCAGCUCAGCGCGAUCGCAGGAAUGCCUUCAGUGUCUGCCACUCAUCAAGUUCAUAAGCCAGUUACUUAUUCAGACUUCUGAGACUGGGGCACAUGAAUGUCGAAGCCAGGGCAGUUUCAUAAAAACUACGAAGAGAACACCAUAUCAAAACCUUUAUCUUUGGGUAGGAUGCCAGCCAAGAACAGGAGGAACAAGAAUCUGGAAACACACGUGGGGGGAAAGGAAGGGAAAAGAAGAGAGGCGAGAAGGAAUGGGCAGCAAACCUUGUCUAGGAUCUCCACUGGGAGCCGCAUUCUGGUUAGUUCAGAGACCCCCAAACACAGCCAUUUGUUGUGUGCAUUACAAGUGCUGUUAUUAUUUCUAUCAUGAUUGUUAUAAUAAUAACAACAACAUUUUUAUCCAUGGCUCUUCUUUGCUGCCAGUGCUUCCAAGAGAAGACGACAGAGCUUCAGAAAAUAGGAUUCAUCCUUCCACCUCACCUGGAAGAAAGGUUGAGGGCACCGCACACUUAAUCAGUUUUAUUAUGAAACCCGCAUUGUGCUGUACAAAAUAAAUACCUUCACAUAUCACAUGUCAUGUGAUUUUGAUAAACUUUGGGAAGUACGAAGGGCAGACAUUUUUACUGCCAUUUUCCCAAUGAAGGUAAUGGGGGCCCGAGGAAGCUACGCCAUUUACCAAAAUGAGGUCCUUUGAGGGAAAAGUAGGACUCCAGCCUGCUGACAAGCUGCCCAGCCGCUUUCUCCCGUUUCUGUUUAUUGUUCUUGUAUUGAAUGGAAGUUCGUGCACGAUUCCCUCACAAUAGCAGAGGCUCCAAUAAUGUCCCUUGAUUACCUUCCAAAGUUGAAGAUGAGGGUCCACUAACAGAGAUGUUGCGGAUUCUGAAACUUGCCUUACAAACAUGGUGUUCACUGGCUUACUGUUUUACUCACUAAGGUCUACACACGGCAUGGGUGUUGGGGAGCUGACUUAGCACAGCCUCGCUAUAAUUUUGCAGGUAACUAUGGAUGCAGGGAAAGCAAAGCAGAUAUAUAAAAAUCAAGAUUUGGCCCAAAUAAGCAUGUAAUUUUUUACCCCAUAAAAGAAUUUACUAGAGAAUUCUCUUAAGUAACUAGCAUUUAAAAUUGAUUUUAUUCUCGAAAGUUGAACUUAUAUUCAACUUUUCAGGAACACAGCUGGGUACUUCCCAAGGAUGACAUAAAGUUUCCAGGGGAACAAAAUAAAAAUAAAAACACCUUUUUGCACUCUCACAACACUGCCACAUCAAAGCAGCAUAUUCAAUGACCAGACAAGAGGGAAUAGCUCACGCCCAGCGUCAUAGCCCGACCACCAUAGAAAGGUGUGCAUUCUGUGUUGAGAGCAGUAUCACAAUCAUGGAUUAUACUUUGGACAACUCAUCCAUAAAAAUGGCUGGAAUUUUUUAAGGUAGUUUUAAUUUCUACCUAGAUCUGUGUUACCCAAGUAUGAGUUGCUUUGAUUGUUACCAAAUUAAUUUUCAGCUCUCUGGGUUGCAUUUCUUGAGACAAUAAAAUAUCUGUGGAA